AUGAGACACAAUAAUCUUACUGAUAAAUAUCUUGAGAAGAUGAUUGUGAGGGAACACAAACCAAAGCUAGAGAACCUUCACCCAAAUGUUAAACAAAGAUGGAAUGAGAUGACUCAACCUCCUAUUCCAUUGAAAUACAAGUUAUAAGAACUACCAACUCCAGACUACACCUUGAUCAAGCCUCUAGGUCUAAGUGAAACACUUCCAUUCUAAGUUGAGAGAACUCAUUCAAAUAACCUACCAGUUUAUACUGACUUUAGAAAUGGAGGUAUGCGAAAAGUAACAGUAGUAAGGAAGCUAUUUGGAGAUGUAGAUGAAUUCAAGACUGAAUUAUCAAAAAUUGUAUCAAAUUCACCGAUUGUAGAAAAGCAAGGGAGAUUAGAGAUCAGCGGAUUUCACACAGAAAAAGUAAAGCUAUGGCUAAGAAGACUUGGUUUCUGA